CGAGCUCUGCGGAUAAAGCGCUGUCGCCGCAGGAAGGCACAGCACGGGCUCACCGCGACAGUCGCAGGGCACCGCACACGAGUCCCCACACCACGAGGAUGGCACCCGUCGAGGGCAAAAAGGCCAAAAGGGGCAUCCUGGAACGGUUAAACGCCGGCGAGGUUGUGAUCGGAGAUGGAGGCUUUGUCUUUGCGCUGGAGAAGAGGGGCUACGUGAAGGCGGGGCCCUGGACCCCGGAAGCUGCCGUGGAGCACCCAGAGGCAGUGCGCCAGCUGCACCGUGAGUUCCUGCGGGCGGGCUCCAAUGUCAUGCAGACCUUCACCUUCUACGCAAGCGAGGACAAGCUGGAGAACAGGGGCAACUACGUGGCCGAGAAGCUGUCGGGUCAGAAAGUCAAUGAGGCUGCCUGUGACAUCGCACGGCAAGUGGCCGAUGAGGGCGACGCUUUGGUGGCAGGAGGCGUGAGCCAGACCCCGUCCUACCUCAGCUGCAAGAGCGAAGCUGAAGUGAAAAGCAUCUUCCAGCAGCAGCUGGCCGUCUUCAUGAAGAAGAAUGUGGACUUCCUGAUUGCCGAGUAUUUCGAGCACGUUGAAGAGGCCGUGUGGGCAGUGGAGACCUUGAAAACAUCCGGCAAGCCGGUGGCAGCGACCAUGUGCAUCGGGCCUGAGGGCGACCUACACGGUGUGUCCCCUGGCGAGUGUGCCGUGCGCCUGGUGAAAGCAGGGGCGUCCAUCGUGGGUGUGAACUGCCACUUCGACCCCAUGAUGAGCCUGCAGACGGUGAAGCUCAUGAAGGAGGGCCUGGCAGCCGCCCGCCUCCACGCCUACCUGAUGAGCCAGCCCUUGGCCUACCACACCCCGGACUGCAGCAAGCAGGGCUUCAUCGACCUCCCCGAGUUCCCGUUCGGCCUGGAGCCCAGGGUAGCCACCAGAUGGGACAUCCACAAGUACGCGCGGGAGGCCUACAACCUGGGCGUCCGCUACAUCGGCGGCUGCUGCGGCUUCGAGCCCUACCACAUCAGGGCCAUCGCCGAGGAGCUGGCGCCAGAGAGGGGCUUCUUGCCCCCGGCCUCGGAAAAGCAUGGCAGCUGGGGCAGCGGCCUGGACAUGCACACCAAACCCUGGAUCCGAGCGCGGGCCAGGAGGGAGUACUGGGAGAACCUUCGGAUCGCCUCGGGCAGGCCGUACAGUCCUGCUAUGUCCAAGCCGGAUGCCUGGGGGGUGACCAAGGGCACGGCGGAGCUGAUGCAGCAGAAGGAAGCCACCACGGAGCAGCAGCUCAGGGAGCUGUUUCACAAACAGAAGAUCCAGUCUGCCAAGUAGCCGCAGCGCCCCGGGCCCGCGGAGGAACAAGGCCAUUGUUCCCCCUUGCCAGUGGCAUCACUGGCUGAGCUUAAGAGAAUUGCAAGUAGCACUUGAUAGCUUUAGAAGCUUGCUUUAUAAGUUCACUAAGAAGCAAAAAAAAAAAAAAAAAAAGAGUAGGAAUGGGUUUGUCCAGCACCUACCAGGUACGAGGUGUUAUGUGAAUGUCAUGGAAGUGCUGUGGCCGCUUCAGGGGACAUCGACUGUCACAGCGACUUAGUCCCCGUCGGGGCCAGAGCACUGUGGGAAGUGACUUCCAAGCCUUCCUAAGAAACCCACCUUAGAUAAUGAGCCAAUCACCACUGAAAUAAAACGUGUGAUCCGUU